GAGAACUUCCAUUACCAUGGAGCAUCUCCGCCAAAACAUGAUCUCUUUCUCUUCCUCCUUCGAAGCAUUCAAAAUCCCCUGCCUCUUCACACUAGCAAUCAUCCUAGCAGUCACCUUCUCCAUCACCCAAAAGCAGAGGACCAAAACCGCCGCUUCGAACUCGCCGCCGGGCCCAUGGAAGCUCCCCCUAAUAGGCAACAUCCACCAGAUGAUCGGCGACCAUCCCCACCGGCGGCUCAGGGACCUAGCCCGCAAAUACGGCCCCGACGUGAUGCGCCUCCAGCUCGGGGAGCUCCCUUACAUUGUAAUCUCGACCCCUGAAGCCGCCAAGCUAGUGAUGAAAACCCACGACGUAGCUUUCGCAACCAGGCCUUAUCUCCUGGUUGCUGAUGUACUCUACUACGGCCGCAAGGACAUAGCUUUGGCGCCCUACGGAGAGCACUGGAGGCAGAUGCGCAAGAUCUGCACCCUGGAGCUCUUCAGCGCCAAGCGAGUUCAAUCCUUCCGCCACGUCAGGGAAGAAGAGGUCUCCAAUCUCGUGGCUGCUCUGUCUCGCGCGGCGGAUGCAGGGGAGCCUGUGGACCUCACACGGAUGUUGCUUACAUUAACCAGUACGAUCACUUCCAGGGCGGCGUUCGGCAGAGUACAGGAGCUGAACGACGCGUUUCAGAUGGUCGUCGACAACAUUUCGGAUGUAUGUACUGGUUUCAAAAUCUCCGAUCUCUAUCCUUCCGUCAAAUUGCUCCCUGUGCUCACUGGGUACAGAGCAAAACUCGUGGAGAUGCGUAAAGCAGCGGAUUCGGUUCUGGAUCGAAUCAUCGAUGAGUAUAAUUCGAGGAGAAGGGCGGGGAGAAAAGAUGAUGGUGAAAAAGAGGAUCUUAUUGAUGUCCUUCUGAAUCUGCAAGAGAGACAUGACCUUGGAACACCCAUUACAACGGAAGUUAUAAAAGCAAUCACUUUGGAAUUGUUCCUAGCUGGUACCGAGACAUCACUAGCUGCGAUGGAAUGGACCAUGUCUGAAAUUAUAAAAAGUCCAAGAGUGCUUCAAAAGGUUCAGGAAGAGGUCCGUCAAACGUUAGGUGCUGAGGGCGGAAAAGAUGUGGGCGAAGCAAGCCUUCAGCAGCUGUCGUACCUAGAUAUGGUCAUCUCGGAAGGUCUAAGGUUGCACCCUCCCCUUCCUCUACUCCUUCCAAGAGAAAAUGGAGAAAAGGUGGAACUCGAUGCAUAUGUUGUGCCAAGCAACACCAAAGUCAUUGUGAAUGCCUGGGCGAUCAAUCGAGAUCCCCGUCAUUGGCUCGAGCCCGAGAAAUUCCACCCGGAGAGAUUCUUAGAUUGCUCAACCGACUACAAGGGGAAUGAUUUUCAUUUCAUUCCAUUCGGUGCAGGAAGAAGAGUAUGUCCCGGAAUUUCUUUCGGGAUGGUCGCUGUUAAACUCGCGCUAGCGAAUAUGCUCUAUCACUUUCGAUGGGAACUUCCAUCGGAAAUGAAACAAGAAGGUAUCGAUAUGGCUGAAAACUAUGGAACAUCACUCAGAAGGAAGAAUGCUCUUCGUUUGAUACCAACUUUGUAUGAUGGCAUGGCUUGAAUGAAAGAGCAUGUCAUAAAUGAAAGAGAGAACAAAUGGAAAAAUUGCAUAAUUAAAAAAGCACAAGAUUUUUGUAAGAAAAUCUUCAAUUUUCCUCUUCUUUUUUCCCGCUUCCUUGAUUGUAAUUUCUUCAUUUAUAUCAAAAGCAAUAUAGUAACUAUAGCAAUUCUCCUUUCAGUUUGGUGAG